UACGGUCAGCCGGUCACGCUUCCCCAUAAACCCUCUCUCUCUCUCUCCACUUCAUUUACCUCUUUCAUCAUAUUUUCUCACAUAUUUUUCCUCUCCAUUUCAACUUCUCCUCUGAGAAAUUGAACCACCGUCGCCACCGCAACUGUCCCAUUUCCCAGUCCCACCGCGCCUCCUCUCUCCGCCGUCUCUCUUCUCAAGUGCCGUCGGCAUGUCCUCGGCUCAGUUACAUCUCCCAACCGACAGUUACAUCUGCCUCUCAAAACCCCAAUCCAAGCUCUACUCUUUUUGUAAGUUUUCCAUUUAUGAAGUAUUUUUUUCUUCAUUAUUUCCUUUGUUGGUGUGUGUCUGUGCAGAGCUUCCUGGUGUGCCAGACGACGUUGCGGAGAAGCUCGGUUUCGAGAAGAUAUCCGAAGAAUUCAUCGGAGACUGCGACUCCAACGCUGUGCUCUUCCGGCACAAAAAGACCGGCGCCCAAGUCAUGUCUCUGUCCAAUGGCGCCAGGCAAAAGGUCUUCGGCAUUGCUUUUCAAACGAUACCGACCGAUUCGACUGGAGUCGCCAGCAUACUGCAUCACAGUGUGUUAUGUGGGUCGAGAUAGUACCCGGUGAAAAAACCAUUUGAUGAGUUGGAAAAUGGGAGCUUCAGUACUAUUCUGGAUUCACAAGCAAUGGCUGAUAAGACCUACUACUCUGGUGCUUGCACAACUACAAAGGAAUUGUAUAAUCUCAUUGAUGUAAUCCUGGAUGCCGUCUUCUUUCCUAAAUGUGUGGAGGACGUCCAGAUUUUCCAGGAGCAGGGUUGGCAUUACGAGCUCAACGACCCUUCUGGAGAUAUAUCUUAUCAAGGCGUUGUCUUCAAUAAGAUGAAAGAGUUCUAUUCUCGGCCUGGGCCUGAUAAUGUACUGAGGCAGGCUGCUUGGCAGGGCCUUUUUCCAGACAGUACCUACGGGUUUGACUGUGCAGGGGAUCCAAACAUUAUUCCCCAACUGACAUUUGAGAACUUCAAGGAGUUCCACUGGAAAAACUACCAUCCGAGCAACGCAAAGAUAUGGUUUUAUGGAGAUGACGAUCCAACUGAACGCCUGCACAUUUUAAGUGAGUACUUAGACAUGUAUGAUGCAAGUUCAGCUCCAAAUGUAUCAAGGGUUAAACCACAAAGGCUAUUUUCAGAGUCAGUUAGGAUUUUAAAGAACUAUCCUUCUGAUAAAUCCGGUGAUUUAGAGAAGGAAAAUGUGGUAUGCCUCAGUUGGAUGCUCUGUGAUAAGCCCUUAGACACAGAAACUGAGCAAACAAUUGAUGUUUUGGUUUAUUUCAUGAUGGGAAACUUGACACGAAUCUUGCAGGAAUAUGGUUAUCAUGUUUAUAUCGAGAUUGUUCAUCUCCUUCAACCUGUAUUUCGCAUUGCGGUGUUUAAUGUUUCUUGCGAUGACAUUUUAAAGGUAGAACUAUUUGUCACAAGUAUACUUGUAGUAUUUGUCGAGGAAGGCUUUGAUACACAUUAUGUAGAAGCAUCCAUAACUGCAAUGGAGUUGUUCAUUCUCAGAGGAGGCCUUAAAAAAUCUCGAGGCUUGACCUUAAUGCUUCUGUCCCUAGAUAAAUGGAUACAUGAGAUGAAACCCUUUGAGCCUUUGAAGUUUGGAAAAUCUUUAAUGGAACUGAAUGCCAGAAUACAAAAGGAAGGAUCUAAGGCUGUCCUCUCUCCUGUAAUUGAGAAAUUCAUAUUGAAGAAUCCUCAUAAAGUUGUGGUAGCAAUGCGGCCUGAUCCACAAAAGGUUUCUUCUGAUGAAAAAGCUGAGAAAGAAAUAUUGAGGAAAGUUAAAGGUGGUAUGAGAGAAGAAGAUCUUGCUGAGCUGGCACGUGCUACCCAGGAGCUGCAACUGAAGCAGAAAACUCCUGACCCACCAGAAGCUUUGAGAAGUGUUCCAAGCCUAUCUCUGCUAGACCUUCCAAAGGAACCUAUUCAUGUUCCCACAGAGGUUGCGUAUGUCAAUGGAGUUAAAGUAUUGCAGCAUGAACUCUUCACGAAUGAUGUCCUUUACACUGAAAUUGUGUUCAAUAUGGGUUCACUAAAGCAAGAGCUUCUUCCUUUGGUACCUAUUUUCUGUUUCACGUUACUGAAGAUGGAUACAAAAGACAUGAGUUCUGAUGAACUUCGUCACUUGAUUUCAAGAAAAACGGGAGGACUAACAAUCGAUCCAAUGAUUUUGUCGGUACGGUGCAAGAAAGAUCCAUGCGGCCAUGUAGUUGUUGGAGGGAAAGUCAUGGCAGGACGUGCUGAAGACCUAUUUGAACUGAUCAAGAUUGUUCUUCAAGAAGUACAGUUUACAGACAAGAGGCGGUUUAAGAAGAUAGUUUCCCAGUUUAUAGUGAAGUACGAAGAGACUGCUAAUUAUCAUGAAAUUGCUGCUGCGAGGAUGGAAGCAAAGCUAAAUAUUUCUGGGUGGAUUCGUGAACAACUUUUUGGUAUCAGUCAAUUGGAGUUUCUGCAAGUGCUUGGAGAGAAAGUUGAUCAAGAUUGGGAUGGCAUUUCUUCAUCCCUAGAGGAGAUUCGGAAGUCCAUAAUUUGUAGAAAAGGUUGCCUCAUAAAUAUGAUUUCUGAAAGGAAGAAUCUUACCAAAUCUGAGAAGUUUAUUAAGAAAUUUCUGGAUUUGCUGCCUCAUAAGUCUCCAUUUGCAAGAAGAACUACAUGGAAAGGUAGACUACCUUCCGAAAAUGAGGCCAUCAUAAUGCCUAUUAAGGUUAAUUAUGUUGGAAAGUCUGUUAACAUUCAUGACACUGGUUAUCAGCUUAAUGGAAGUACACAUGUUAUCUCCAAAUUUAUUGAUGAUGCAUGGUUGUGUGAUCGGGUAGGAAUUAGCGGUGGAGCAUCUGCUUCAUGUUACUUUGAUAUUUACACAGGAGUAUUCUCUUUCUUGUCUGAUGGGGACCCCAAGUUGUUAAAGACGCUUGACGUAUAUGAUGGAACUGGAGAUCUUCUACGACAACUAGAAAUAGAUGAUAAUACUCUUAGAAGGGCCAUCAUUCAGGCACUCAGAGAUGAUUCGUGCCCGCUUCGUGAUGGAAAAAGUUGUAGUAGUUUCCUGGAGGACUAUUUAAUGGGAGUCACAGAAGAAGAAAGGCAAAAGAGACAUAAAGAGAUAUUGUCAACCAGCUUGAAGGAUUUCAAGAAAUUUGCAGAUGCACUCGACGCAGUUAAAUAUAAGGGGGUUGUGGUUGCAGUGGGAUCGCCAUUGGAUAUCAAAGCAGCAGUAAAGAAGCGACCUAAACUCUUCAAACAAUUGAUAGCACCUCUCUUCACUCGAUGAGACCUCUCAGAAAAAGCAGCAAAUUAACAGUGGCUAUUUUCGGAACACUUGAAUUUCACCUUGUUUAGGAUAUGGGCUUCUUCUGUCAUGGAAUGCAAAUAAUUAAACAUGUUACUGCAGAGCAGGGGCCGCAAGCAGAUAUUAGCGUUUACCGUUGUGGAUUUCCGUAGCUAUGAAGGAACCUUUGACAGUAACUAUCUACUGAACAAUUCCUGGGUAACCUUUACUUAGGUAAAAGUUUCCUCAUGCCUUUUACAACUUUUUGUCUGAAGGGAAACACCUAACUUGUAUUUGCAGUUUCCAAUAUAAAAUAUUUUGCUAGGAAAUUGUUUUCUUCGUACUACCUACAGAAGCGACCUAAACUCUUUGAAUUGUUGAUGUGGUUGGGCUAGAUGACAGAGGCAGUAUGCUCGCCCUUCGCACUCAAAUCUAAAUACUCUCCGUAAAUUAGACUAGUUUAGAUUUCACACUUUCUAACGACUCGGCCUAGCCUAUCAUAAACCUAAAGAAGCGACCUAAACCUAAAGUCUUGAAAUUAAAGAUAGAAAUAGAACCCCUCUUCAAGGAUAGCACUACACCAUAAAUUGAAGGACUAGUUCAGAAAUUGCUGCAACAUUGACUCCCACCUUCUGUCUUGGCUUUCAAGUAACUAGACUUGAAAGCCAAUGA